CCAGGCAGCCCAGCUAACCAGUGCCUGCCUCAGAGAGCGGAGAAGCGACGGGCGCGGAGAGGUGUCAGAGAGCCGUCAAAAAAACUGGAUUAUCACGGUGUCUGUCGGCUGGAUCUCACCCCUAGCCCGGCGGAGAGGAGAGCCGCAGUCAUGUUGUCUUAGCUGGACCCAGAGAGGAGCUGAACACCUCAGCAAUCACCGCAACCGAGGUGCUCCCUAGUUUUUGUCAAACAUGUCGGAUAAGAUGUCCAGCUUCUUGCACAUUGGGGACAUCUGCUCCCUGUAUGCAGAGGGAUCCACCAAUGGUUUCAUCAGCACCCUGGGCUUGGUGGAUGACCGCUGCGUGGUCCAACCUGAUGCUGGAGACCUCAACAACCCUCCGAAGAAGUUCCGAGACUGUCUGUUCAGGCUGUGUCCCAUGAAUCGCUACUCAGCACAGAAGCAGUUCUGGAAAGCAGCGAAGCCUGGAGGGAACACGGACACAGUGCUGCUCAACAAGCUCCAUCAUGCAGCCGACUUGGAGAAGAAGCAAAAUGACUCUGAAAACAAAAAACUCCUUGGAACUGUAAUUCAAUAUGGGAAUGUCAUUCAGCUCCUCCACCUGAAGAGCAACAAAUACCUGACAGUGAACAAACGUCUGCCAGCUCUCUUAGAGAAGAACGCCAUGAGGGUGAUGUUGGACACUGCUGGGAAUGAGGGCUCCUGGUUCUACAUUCAGCCUUUUUACAAGCUCCGCUCCAUUGGGGACAGUGUGGUGAUCGGAGACAAAGUGGUCCUGAACCCAGUGAAUGCCGGUCAGCCGCUUCAUGCCAGCACACACCAGCUCGUGGAUAAUCCAGGAUGCAAUGAGGUGAACUCGGUCAACUGUAACACCAGCUGGAAGAUUGUCUUGUUUAUGAAAUGGAGCGACAAUCAGGAGAUCAUCCUGAAAGGGGGCGACGUGGUACGGUUGUUUCAUGCAGAGCAGGAGAAAUUCCUCACAUGUGAUGAUCACAGAAAAAAGCAGUAUGUUUUUCUUCGCACUACUGGACGGCAGUCAGCUACCUCGGCAACCAGCAGCAAAGCCCUGUGGGAGAUAGAGGUGGUGCAGCAUGACCCAUGUCGAGGGGGCGCAGGAUACUGGAACAGCCUGUUUAGAUUCAAACACUUGGCCACUGGGCACUACCUGGCUGCAGAGGUAAAUCCAGAGUAUGAGGAGGAGUGCCUGGAGUCCCGCUCUUCACUUGACUCGGAGCAAGAAGCCUUGCGAGCCCGAUUGAGGAAUGUCCAGGACAAAGUCAUGUACACACUAGUGUCGGUUCCUGAUGGAAAUGACAUCUCUUCCAUAUUUGAGCUCGACCCCACCACCUUGAGAGGGGGAGACUCACUAGUGCCCAGGAAUUCGUAUGUCCGCCUCAGACACUUGUGCACCAACACGUGGGUUCACAGCACCAAUCAGCCAAUUGACAAGGAGGAGGAGAAGCCUGUAAUGCUGCGUAUUGGCACCUCUGCACUCAAAGAGGACAAAGAGGCGUUUGCUAUUGUGCCAGUAUCGCCGGCUGAAGUGAGAGACCUUGACUUUGCUAAUGAUGCCAGUAAAGUGCUGGCCUCUAUUGCUGGAAAGCUGGAAAAAGGCACCAUCACACAGAAUGAGAGAAGAGCGGUUACCAAGCUUCUGGAGGAUUUGGUCUUCUUUGUGGUGGACAUUCCCAACAAUGGACAGGAUGUUUUAGAGAUCAUGGUGAACAAACCCAACAGGGAACGACAGAAACUCAUGAGAGAACAGAAUAUUCUCAAACAGAUCUUCAAGUUGCUGCAGGCUCCCUUCACGGACAGCGGGGACGGACCCAUGUUGCGACUGGAGGAGCUGGCUGACCAGCGUCACGCGCCCUUCAGACACAUCUGCCGUCUGUGUUACAGAGUUUUGCGUCACUCCCAGCAGGACUACCGCAAGAAUCAGGAGUAUAUAGCCAAACAGUUUCGCUUCAUGCAGAAACAAAUUGGCUACGACGUCCUGGCAGAGGAUACAAUCACGGCUCUGCUCCACAACAACCGCAAGCUGCUGGAGAAACAUAUUACUGCUGCAGAGAUCGACACGUUUGUUAGUCUGGUCCGCAAGAACCGUGAGCCCAGGUUUCUAGACUAUCUGUCAGACUUGUGCGUGUCAAUGAAUAAGUCCAUCCCUGUGACUCAGGAGCUCAUUUGUAAUGCAGUGUUGGAUCCGGCUAAUGCAGACAUCCUCAUAGAAACUAAACUGGUGCUGUCAAGAUUUGAGAUUGAAGGAGCGCCGCUUGGAGAGAAUUCAGUGGAGUCAGAGGAGGACGAGGAGGAGGUGUGGUUGUUCUGGAAAGACAGCAAUAAAGAAAUCCGGAGUAAAAGCAUCAGAGAGCUGGCUCAGGACGCCAAAGAGGGCCAAAAGGAGGACCAGGAGGUGAUCAGUUACUACAGGUACCAGCUAAACCUGUUUGCCAGAAUGUGUUUGGACCGACAGUAUCUGGCCAUCAACAAGAUCUCUGGCCAGCUGGAUGUCGACCUGAUCUUGCGAUGCAUGUCUGACGAAGAUCUGCCCUAUGACCUGCGAGCCUCGUUUUGUCGAAUGAUGCUGCACAUGCACGUGGAUCGUGACCCUCAGGAGCAGGUUACACCAGUCAAAUACGCACGGCUGUGGUCUGAGAUCCCUUCAGAGAUUGCCAUUGACGACUAUGAUAAUGAUGGAACAUCUAAAGAUGAAAUUAAGGAGCGAUUCUCGCAGACUAUGGAGUUUGUUGAGAACUACCUGAGAGACGUAGUGUGUCAGAGUUUCCCUUUUGCAGACAAAGAGAAGAACAAGCUCACGUUUGAGGUGGUGAAUCUGGCAAGGAACCUGAUUUAUUUUGGCUUCUACAACUUCAGUGACCUGCUGAGACUGACUAAGAUCCUGCUGGCUAUUCUAGACUGUGUCCAUGUGAGCACCAUUUUCCCUUUCAACAAGCUCGACAAAGGAGACGAGAGCAAAGGCAGUAAUGUGAUGAGAUCGAUACAUGGUGUAGGAGAGCUGAUGUCUCAGGUAGUCCUGAGAGGAGGAGGUUUCCUUCCAACAACUUCAAACAACAGCUCAAAUGGAGGCACAGUCAAGACCCAGACUGAACCUGAGAAACAAGACAUACUGGUCAUGGACACCAAGCUCAAGAUCAUUGAGAUCCUGCAGUUCAUCCUGAACGUCCGCCUGGACUACAGGAUCUCCUGUCUGCUGUCUAUUUUUAAGAGGGAGUUUGAUGAGAGUAACUCCCAGAGUGAAUUAUCUAUAACUGGAGUAGUGGAAGGGCCAAACAACAUGCCAGGGGCUUUGGAUUUUGAGCACAUAGAAGAGCAGGCGGAGGGGAUAUUUGGUGGAAGUGAAGAGAACACCCCACUGGACCUGGAUGAUCAUGGUGGCCGAACCUUCUUGAGGGUCCUACUUCAUUUAACCAUGCAUGAUUAUCCUCCUUUGGUGUCCAGAGCCCUGCACCUGCUGUUCAGGCACUUUAGCCAAAGACAGGAGGUUCUGCAGGCAUUUAAACAGGUCCAGUUGUUAGUCACCAGCCAAGAUGUGGAAAAUUACAAGCAAAUAAAGUCAGACUUGGACCAGCUGCGUUCUAUUGUAGAGAAGUCUGAGCUCUGGGUGUACAAAAGGCAGGGGCCAGAUGAGGGCAUGGAUGCAGGAGAGGGGCUCUCCACAGAGCCAGAACAUAAAAAGGGGGACUCUGGGGACACAGACAAACCAAAGAAACCAGAAAGCACAAGCAGUUACAACUACAGGGUGGUAAAGGAGAUCCUGCUGCGUCUCAGCAGGUUGUGUGUUCAAGAGGGUCUGUCAGGUAGGAAGAGCAAGAAACAGCAGCAGAGGCUUCUGAGGAACAUGGGGGCUCAUGCUGUGGUUCUUGAGCUCCUACAGAUCCCCUAUGAGAAGGGAGAAGAUUUGCGUAUGCAGGAUAUCAUGAAGCUUGCCCAUCAGUUUCUACAGAAUUUCUGUGCAGGAAACCAGCAGAACCAAGCACUGCUCCACAAGCACAUCAAUCUGUUCCUCAACCCAGGGAUCUUAGAAGCCAUCACCAUGCAGCAUAUCUUCAUGAACAACUUCCAGCUGUGCAGUGAGAUCAAUGAGCGUGUGGUUCAGCAUUUUGUCCACUGCAUCGAAACACACGGCCGCAACGUCCAGUACCUCAAGUUCUUACAGACUAUCGUCAAAGCAGAAAACAAGUUCAUCAAAAAGUGUCAAGACAUUGUGAUGGCAGAGCUGGUGAAUGCUGGCGAAGAUGUUCUGGUCUUCUACAAUGACCGCGCCUCCUUCCAGACGCUGGUCCAGAUGAUGCGAUCAGAGCGGGAUCGCAUGGAUGAGAACAGUCCUCUCAUGUACCACAUCCACCUGGUGGAGCUCCUGGCAGUUUGCACUGAGGGCAAGAAUGUGUACACAGAGAUAAAGUGUAACUCCCUGCUACCACUGGAUGACAUAGUGCGGGUGGUGACCCAUGAAGACUGCAUCCCUGAGGUGAAGAUCGCCUACAUCAACUUUCUCAACCACUGCUAUGUGGACACCGAGGUCGAAAUGAAGGAGAUCUACACUUCCAACCACAUGUGGAAACUCUUUGAGAACUUCCUAGUUGACAUUUGCAGAGUGUGCAACAACACAAGUGACCGUAAGCAUGCAGAUACCAUUCUGGAGCGCUAUGUGACGGAGACGGUCAUGAGCAUUGUAACCACCUUCUUCAGCUCACCUUUCUCUGACCAGAGCACAAGCCUGCAGGCUUCUCUGUUGGGGAAAAUAUUUCAGACCAGGCAGCCCGUCUUUGUGCAGCUGUUGCAGGCAGUUUUUAGGGUUUACCACUGCAACUGGUUGAUCCCAGUCCAGAAGGGCUCAGUUGAGAGUUGUAUCAAAGUGCUCUCUGAUGUUGCCAAAGGCCGAGCAAUAGCCAUACCUGUGGACCUGGACAAUCAGGUGAACAACCUGUUUGUGAAAUCGAAUAACAUAGUGCAGAAGACGGCCAUGAGCUGGAGACUUUCUGCUCGCAAUGCUGCCCGCAGAGACUCUGUAGUGACCGCAUCACGUGACUAUAGGAACAUCAUCGAGAGGCUGCAGGACAUAGUUUCAGCCCUGGAGGACCGUCUGCGUCCGCUGGUCCAAGCUGAGCUGUCAGUUCUUGUUGAUGUGCUGCAUCGGCCUGAACUGCUCUUCCCUGAAAACACAGACUCUCGGAAAAAGUGUGAAAGCGGAGGCUUUAUAUGCAAGCUGAUCAAGCACACCAAGCAGCUGCUGGAGGAAAAUGAGGAGAGACUGUGCAUUAAAGUGCUGCAAACCCUUCGGGAGAUGAUGACUAAGGACAGAGGGUAUGGAGAGAAGCUCAGGGCCUUUGAUGAUGAGAUGGAUAUGCCUAAGCAGCUGGAUCAGAAUCAACCUGAGAAGCUGUUGGAGGACCAGAAGAGGGGCGAGGCACUGAGACAGAUUCUGGUGAACCGUUACUAUGGCAACUUCCAUCGGAGUGGUGGGCGGAGGGAAAGCCUGACGUCAUUUAGCAAUGGCCCCCUCAGUCCUGUAGGACCAGGAAAAAGCCCAUCAGCUUUAGGGGGUCCUGGAGGCCUGAGUCGUGGGGAAAUGAGCCUGACAGAGGUACAGUGUCAUCUGGACAAAGAGGGAGCGUCUGACCUGGUGAUCGACCUCAUCAUGAACACCACUAGUGACCGAGUCUUCCAAGAAAGCAUCCUCUUGGCUAUUGCACUGCUGGAAGGUGGAAACACAACCAUCCAGCGUUCAUUCUUUUGCCGUCUGACAGAAGACAAGAAAUCAGAAAAGUUCUUCCGGGUCUUUUACGAUCGCAUGAAGUCGGCCCAGCUAGAGAUCAAAGCCACUGUGACAGUAAACACGAGCGACUUGGGAAACAAGAAGAGAGAUGAUGAAACGCAGGACAAAGAUGUCCCUGUUCGCAAAAAAGCAAGAGACUCGGCAGUGGUUAUGACCGAGGACGUGAAAGAGCAACUGAUAGAAGCUUCAUCUGCCACCAAGAAGGCCUUCAACUCUUAUCGGCGUGAAGCUGACCCUGAGGACCACUUCACCUCAGCAGAUGGGCAGCCCAGCUCUGGGGACAAGAACCAGGAUGAAGGAGAGAUGAGCUUUGUGAUUGUUAUCAUGCAACCAAUCCUUCGCUUUCUCCAACUGCUUUGUGAGAAUCACAAUCGUGACCUACAGAACUUCCUUCGUAGUCAAAACAACAAGAACAACUACAACCUUGUGUGUGAGACGCUGCAGUUCUUAGACUGUAUCUGUGGCAGCACCACAGGAGGUCUCGGUCUGCUGGGACUGUACAUCAAUGAGAAGAAUGUUGCCCUCAUCAACCAAACUCUGGAGAGUCUAACAGAGUACUGUCAAGGCCCUUGUCAUGAAAACCAGAAUUGCAUUGCCACUCAUGAGUCCAACGGUAUUGAUAUCAUUAUUGCCCUGAUUCUUAAUGACAUCAACCCACUCGGGAAGAAGCGGAUGGACCUGGUGCUCGAGCUCAAGAACAAUGCAUCGAAGCUGCUGCUUGCCAUCAUGGAGAGCCGCCAUGACAGCGAGAAUGCUGAGAGGAUUUUGUACAACAUGAGGCCUAAAGAGCUGGUGGAGGUGAUAAAGAAGGCCUACCUGCAGGGAGAGGUAGAGUUUGAGGACACAAAGGAGGAGGAAGAUAGUGGAGAAGAGGAGGAACAUGAUGCCGCAUCACCUCGAAAUGUUGGACACAACAUCUAUAUUUUAGCUCACCAGCUGGCGCGCCAUAAUAAAGAGCUGUCCAUGAUGUUGAAGCCAGGAGGGGCGAGUGGAGAGGGAGAUGAGGCCUUGGAGUUUUAUGCCAAACACACCGCUCAGAUAGAGAUUGUGCGCCAGGACCGUACCAUGGAGGAGAUAGUGUUCCCUGUACCCAACAUCUGUGAAUUCCUGACCUCAGAGUCGAAGCUGCGGGUUUACUACACAACCGAGAGGGACGAGCAGGGCAGCAAGAUCAAUGACUUCUUCCUGCGAGCAGAGGACCUCUUUAAUGAGAUGAACUGGCAGAAGAAACUCAGAGCCCAGCAGGUGCUGUACUGGUGCUCCAGAAACAUGUCGGUGUGGAGUAACGUUUCCUUCAACCUGGCCGUGCUCAUGAACCUGUUGGUCUGCUUCUUCUACCCCCUGGAGGGGGUACACGGAGGUAUGCUGGAUUCCCAUCUGUCCGCACUGCUGUGGAUGGGAGUCUUGGCGACGCUGGUCAUCGUUAUCAUCAUGCCCCAACCACUGGGCAUACGUGCCCUGGUCAUUGUCACAAUCCUCCGUCUCAUCUUCUCUGUGGGGCUGGAGCCCACACUCUUCCUUCUUGGUGCUUUCAAUGUUUGUAAUAAAAUCAUCUUCUUGAUAAGUUUUGUUGGGAACCGAGGAACCUUCACACGAGGCUACCAAGCCAUGGUGAUGGACUUUGAGUUCCUCUACCACCUCAUCUACCUCAUCAUCUGCUGUCUAGGGGUGUUUGGACACGUCUUUUUCUACAGUCUGUUGCUGUUUGACUUGGUAUACAGAGAGGAGACCUUACUGAAUGUGAUCAAGAGCGUGACUCGUAACGGACGCUCCAUCGUCCUGACCGCUGUACUCGCCCUCAUUUUGGUCUACUUGUUCUCCAUCGUUGGUUACAUAUUCUUCAAAGACGACUUCAUCCUGGAGGUGGACCGUAUCCCCAACACAACCCUGAAAAGCGGCGCCAGUCUGGCUGACGAGUUUUUGGCUGCAGGGAUGUGUCGUGGAAGUAUUGAUGAUGAGAACUGCACCACAGAUGCUCAGCAGGAAGAUUUAGGGAUGGACAGUGAGGAGGACAGCGACAUGGAGCGGACGUGCGACUCUCUGCUCAUGUGUAUUGUCACUGUGCUGAGUCAUGGCCUGCGGAGCGGAGGGGGUGUAGGAGAUGUUCUCCGAAAGCCUUCCAAAGAGGAGCCACUGUUUGCAGCCAGAGUGAUUUACGACCUGCUCUUCUUCUUCAUGGUCAUCAUCAUUGUCCUCAACCUGAUCUUUGGUGUGAUCAUCGACACCUUUGCUGACCUGAGAAGCGAAAAACAGAAGAAAGAAGAAGUCCUGAAGACCACCUGCUUCAUCUGCGGUCUGGAGCGCGACAAGUUUGACAAUAAGACGGUGACUUUUGAGGAACACAUCAAAGAAGAGCACAAUAUGUGGCACUACCUGUUUUUUAUAGUGCUGGUAAAAGUUAAAGACUCCACCGAGUACACUGGCCCUGAGAGCUACGUAGCAGAGAUGAUCAAGGAGCACAACCUGGACUGGUUCCCUCGGAUGCGUGCCAUGUCACUGGUGAGCAGCGAUGCCGAGGGGGAGCAGAAUGAAAUUAGGAACCUGCAGGAGAAGCUGGAGUCGACCAUGAGGCUGGUGGCCAAUCUGUCUGGACAGCUGACUGAGCUGAAGGAGCAGAUGACAGAACAGAGGAAGCAAAAACAACGAAUUGGACUUCUUGGUCAUCCCCCUCAUAUGAACAUCAACCCCCAGCAGCCUGCCUGAGGGUGGCAGGGGCCAGUUUCACUAGUGCCUGAGCUGCUUUAACAGUGAACCACCUGUUGGACAUGAGAAUGUCAAAAUGUGUCCAACUCUAGUAAGUAUUUAGGUCAAAGUCUGACUGUAAUUGUCACCAGACACUCCCAGAAUAUGGUUCUUCAGCAGGCACGCUUCUAAGUGUCUUGAAGUGAAAGUUAUCUGUUCUGUGGAUAUGUCUGUGUGGGUGAAGUGUGAACAAAGUGCCUCAGGACCUGAGAAGCCAGUCCUAUAAGUUAAGGAGAUGAACCCACUGACUUCAGCUUUACUACACUCAAUGCCUUCUGCAUUUGACAGCUCUGACAGCAUGCCAAAGUUCAGCCAUUGUUCCUGUGGGAGUUUUCCUCUAAAGUGGCCUUGUAUUGAGGUUUUAAUCCUCAGUGUUGCACCAGCAAACUCAGGUCACAUGUAGAUUUGAAGGUUUGUUUGAACCCUACAAUACAUUUAAUAUAUUCCUUUCAACUGACAGCAAUAGAAAUGCUGAACAAUAUGCAAUGUCUAAAUAAGAAUUAUUAUUAUAUAGAUAUAAAGUAUUUUUGGGAAACUAUAUUUGCUUUUAUAUUUGAAAUGAUAUAUCUUAUAUAUUUAAAAUAUAAAGACAAACUGCGCCUGUAAACUAUCCCGAAGAAGCCGCCGUACUUUUCCAAAAUCUCAUGAUUAUGUAAAAAACUACACAGUUUUUUUUUCAUCUUCAGAACAAGCAUUUAUUGUCACUUCAUAAUUCUUUGUACAUUGAGUUUCUGCUUGUUCCAGGAGAGUUUAGAGUAAAAGAAAAACUUAAUUAUAAAUGCUUCAGCCAUUAAAGCACAAAGCCUUUUUUUAAUCAAAAUAAAUAAAUAAAUCUGACCUGUUAACCCCUUUGCUAUAGCUACUAUUUGAAACAUGUGCACCCACCAGAGUAGAAGCUAAUCAUGUGAUUACUUCACUCUGAAGCCAGGUCCAUGUUGUGACAAUAACAGGAGUCCCGUCAGAAACAUGUGUCCAAACUUUUCAAACAAUGAUUUUGAGAGAAACUUCAUAUUAGCUUUAUUAUUAUUCUUCGAUAUGUCUGCACUGAAUUAUUUAAUCUUUCUUUAAUCCAUUUAGUCCCAAGCACUGAUAUUUUCUGUAGCACACAAAUGAUUGUUACUUUUUGGUUGGUCACUUUGUAAAACAUCCACUAAAGAAUGACUGAGUGUUUGAGUGUAUAUGAGGGGGAAAAAAAAAACAUAGAAGAACUCAUAGAUGUUAUUUGGAGUGCUGCUUGACCAAACUUAACUUUUAUACUAAUUGAUGGUUUGUGUCUGGGUUGUACAUUCCAUUCUUUGGAGUCUAUUUAAAUAAACAAGUGUGUAAAACAA